AUGGCUGCCAACUCCAGAGCUCUUCCUCUCUCGUCUUCCAGGGCCUGCUGCCCCUCGGUGAGGCUCCCCGCUAGUGUCCCAGCUUCGAGAUGUUCCGGCAAGAUCGCCGGCGCCGGCGUCAGAGGGAUCAGGGCGAAAACUGAGGCGGGAGAAGCAGAGCCGGAGGAGAAGAAGAAGAAGAAGACGAGCGGCGGCGUGCAGUCCCUGUUCAAUAACGUGACGGAGGCUCUCGAUUUCUCCCAGGUUAGAUCCUCAGAGGACGCCAUGCUCCUCGACGAGGCGCGAGAAGCCACGAGAUCUGGCGGCAAGAUGUCCAGGGAACAGGUACGGAACGGAAAAUCUCUUCCUCUUCCUCUUCUAGGCGGGUCUCGGAUUCAUCGGCCGUUGCGGAAAACAUUACCGGCCGUAAAUUCUUGCAGUAUGGAGCGCUCAGGAGGAAGAUAGGGGGCACCUACAAGGAUUUCUUCAAGUCGUAUGUCGAAGGUUGGAACCCUAGGCGACGAUCUCAGUUCAUAUGGUUGUUCCUAUUUUUUUUGUUCUAUCAUUUCUGAGGUCAAAUGUCUGCAAAUAACUGGCAGUCGAAGGUGAAUACGUGGAAGAAGGAUGGGUGGACAAGACCUGCAAGAUCUGCAAGAAGGACACGAGAGGGGAGCCGAGGCAGGUGGAUAACCUUGGGAGAUACGCACACACGACAUGUCUGGAGAAUUCCAAAUCCAAACCCACCAACUUCUUCUCCAAGUUAUUCUCGAGAUGA